AUACUUCACACAAAAGAAACAAGCCAUUCACUUCACAUACCUUGUCAUUUCUUCUUUCCUUCUUUCUCUCUCUUUGCCGUCUCCUCCACAUCUCAAAUCUCUGCUCUCUCUGCAACUACUCCAUCAAAUUGAUUGAAUGCUCAAAACUCCACCAUUACUCAUCUUCAAAAAAUCCAAUUAAUUACCCUUAUCUUGCAAUCAGCUCUAUUUCACUUCCAUCCUCCUUGAAAACUCCCAUACUAUAAAACCAUCACUCUAUUACACAACAAAGGGAAACUGAGCAGGGGGGAAACUGCAAAAGCAAGAGAAGAGAACCCAAAUUGAAGCAGAACAACACAAGGUUAUUGAUUUAUUCUUGUGUUGUACCCAAAGAUGGAGCUAUUCCCAGCACAACCAGACUUGUCUUUGCAAAUUAGUCCUCCAAAUUCCAAACCCACCACAUCAAGUUGGAAAAGAAGCACAGAGGAAGACAUGGAUUUGGGGUUCUGGAAGAGAGCUUUGGAAUCCAGAAGCUCCAUGUCAACUUCAUCAAUGGCGAAAAAAGAUACCGGCUUCUUCGACCUUUCCCUCUCCAAUCCAAGGCCUUCAGAAUCAAACACCACCAUUCAUCAUGCUAAUAACGCCAUUGCCAACAACAGCAACAACAACCACUUCCAAUCUUUUCAGCAAAACCAUUACUUUCAACCACUCUUCCACCAACAACCACUUCAGCACCAAAGCUUGAGCCAAGAACUCGGUUUUCUCAGACCCAUCAGGGGAAUCCCGGUGUACCAAAACCCCCCUCCGAUGAUGCCAUUCACCACUCAACCACAUCAUCUUCUAGAACCUUCUUCCACACCUUCUUCUCUAAUUUCCAACACCAACACCGGUUCUCCAACCCCUAAUUUUCCAUCUCAGGCUCUGAUGCGGUCCAGGUUCUUGUCUCGCUUCCCCGCGAAACGAAGCAUGAGAGCUCCGAGGAUGCGGUGGACUACCACGCUCCACGCUCGCUUCGUCCACGCUGUUGAGCUCUUAGGCGGGCAUGAAAGGGCUACCCCAAAAUCAGUGCUUGAGCUAAUGGAUGUGAAGGAUCUCACUUUAGCCCAUGUCAAGUCUCACUUACAGAUGUAUCGGACGGUGAAGACUACAGAUAGAGCAGCAGCUUCUUCAGGGCAAUCAGAUGUGUACGACAAUGGAUCAUCUGGAGAUAAUUCUGAUGACUUAAUGUUUGACAUCAAUUCUUCAAGAAGGCCUGAACUAUCUAUUAAGCAGGGAAGAUCAAAUGUUGUUAAUCAAGAGAAGGAAUGUCAUGGGCUUUGGAGCAAUUCUUCAAGGGAAGCUUGGUUGCAUGGCAAGCCAAAGAAUGAUUCUGUUGGAAACACACCUUCUCUUGAGAAGGAAAUGGAUCCAAAGUGCCUAAGCUAUGAGAGAAUAUCAGAUGGAAGCUCAUCCUCAAACCUUUCAGGAUCAAGCCCGAAGAAACUUAAUUUGGAUUUGGGAUUCACUUUGGGCCAACCUCUUUGAGAAAUCUUCCUCCUGGAUAUAUAUUAUUAAUUUUACAAUUAUAUGUCUCUGAAAUUGAAGGAGAAGGUAGAGUGCUGAAAUGAGAAUCAGGAACCCUCUGAGAGAAUCAGAGAAAGAGAAAGGUAAAAGAAAACAAAAGAGAAAAAAGAGAAAAGUAAAGGGUGCUAAAGAAACACAAGGAGACAAGAAAGACAGAAAGCAACAAAAGGAGAGGGUGGGGGAAAAAAGCAUAGCCUUCCUAUCAGAGCUCUUGUGAGAUCCAAAUCAACAUAUUUUAUUUUCUGGGUAAAUAUAUGAAAUCUAAUUGAUUUGUAUGUUUUGCAACCUGUGAGAGAAAGAGACAUGAGAGAAAGAGAGGGGGAGGGUGAGCUUUAGCUAUGUUAAAGUAAGAAGUGAUCCUUGGUAAUUGUAAUGGAGCACUUUACGUUUAUGAUGAAAUAUUUAGAUAUUUCCACCAAAGAA